AUGGCUGCCGUCGACAGGUUCGAUUUCUUAUUUCGAGAGCUUGGCAAAACGUUGACUGCAUACAACGAAGUUUUAGCUCUGUUCGGUGCAUUAUAUGUAGCGAAGAAGACGGUAACUACAGUACUUGGAAUACAUGAUGCCAUCAAGGUACAUCUGGCAGCCAGAGUACGAAAAAAUCAGCAUUUUGUGAAUUGUUUCGGGCCCUGGGCAGUUGUUACAGGUUCUACUGAUGGUAUUGGACGUGCAUAUGCCCAGGAGUUAGCCAGUCAUGGAGUUAAUAUUAUACUCAUCAGUAGAUCUAUGGAGAAACUUAAGAAAGUAGCCAAGGAUAUAGAGUCUACAUUUGGAGUUAAAACAUUUGUAAUAAAAGCUGAUUUCAGCAAAGGAAGUGAAAUCUAUGAUGUUAUUUCACAACAAAUAAAAGAUAAAGAAAUUGGCAUCCUUGUAAAUAAUGUUGGCGUAUACGACUACCCACAGUAUUUUGUUGAUGUGUCGAUGGAUAGGCUGUGGCAGUUAAUCAAUAUAAACAUUGCAGCAGCUACUAUGAUGACUCAUUUAGUAUUACCUCAAAUGGUUGAGAGAGGUAAAGGUGCCAUUGUUAAUAUGUCUUCCAACACUGCACUGCAUCCCACGCCGCAGAUGACUGUCUAUGCAGCAACUAAGACAUAUCUGGAUUAUUUCUCCAGAUCUUUACAGUACGAGUACAAAGACCAUGGCAUCACGGUACAGAGUUUAUUACCAUCCUACGUUGCAACAAGGAUGACAGAGUACACAGAUGGCAGUCCGGCUUUGUUGAUUCCCUCGGCUGGUGUCUAUGCAAGGCAUGCCGUGUCUACGCUAGGAGUCACCUCAAGGACCACAGGAUACUGGCCUCAUACGCUACAGUUGUGGGUGUCCACUAUGUUACCGGAAUGGUUUUGGAUGUGGGGAUCUAGUCGACUGAACAGUGCAAUAAGAAGAAAGGCUCAACUUACAUUACAACAGCGUGAGGCUAAGCUGCGAGAAAAACUACCAAGACUGCCAGAUCUAAGCGGGAUAAGUCCAGGAACAGAUAAUACUGUGUAGGGAUAGU